AUGCGGCUAUCUAGACUGGUAUUAUUCUCAAGUUUAUUGAGCAACGUUUGGGCACGCAGGCUCGAUGAGAUAGAUCUCUACGAAGUUUCAAUUGCGGAGUUGCAGGCAGGGUUAGAGAGUCGGAGCUUUACAGCAGUUGAUUUAGUUAAGGCAUACCUAGGACGCAUAAAUCAAGUUAAUCAUGCUGGUCCCAAGCUCAACGCCAUAAUUGAAACGAACAAACAUGCAUUACAUCAAGCUCGUGAGCUUGAUGAAGAGCGAAAGGUAUUCGGCAAACGUUCGUCUCUGCACGGGAUCCCAAUCUUGGUCAAGGAUAAUACGAGGAUAGGAAUGAAUACUACUGCUGGAUCAUAUGCCCUGUUUGGGUCAGUUGUACGAGAAGAAGCUACUGUAGUCGCAAAACUGAGAAAGGCCGGCGCCAUCAUCCUUGGCAAGGCGAAUAUGUGCGAGUGGUCCUAUGCUCGAGGAGACCUAACAAACGGGUGGUCCGGCCGAGGUGGCCAAACCACCAGCCCGUUCUAUCCCGGCUCUGAUCCAUGUACGUCAUCCGGUGGUAGUGCAGUAGCUGCAACUCUUGGCCUCGCAGCUGCAUCAUUGGGCGUCGAAACACGAGGGAGCAUUAUCUGCCCCUCAAGUUACAACAACCUUGUUGGCCUCAAGCCCACUGUUGGGUUAACGUCCCGUGCCGGAGUUAUCAGCAUGACUAUGCAUCAGGAUACAGUUGGACCGAUUACGAGGUCUGUUGCGGACGCUGCCACGAUCUUGAAUAUCAUUGCUGGCCAGGACGAGAGGGAUAACUUUACGAACACUGCACCCUCCUUAAUACCUGACUACACAAAAUACCUGGAUCCUAAUGCAAUCAGGGGAAAAGAUUUGGGCGUGAAUAUCGAAUUCGGUAAGGCGCUUGACAAGAUUAGGGAGCUCGGUGGGGUGGUCAUAGAUCCUGCUGAUCUACCAAGUGCGGAGGAGAUACCGCAUCGGCAUGAGACGUGGGCUGCAAUGGUUCAGUUCAAGGACUACAUCAGAAAUCUUGUUCAUGUACCUACUAAUGUGACUUGCGUGGCGGAUGUGAUCGCGUUCAACAACGCUCACAAGGAUCUGGAAAGACCAGAGGGGUAUGAAGAUCAAUCCAUGCUUGAGCUCGCCGAAACAACUGAAGGAUUCAAUUCCACAUACUUUGAUGCGCUGCAUCAGAAUCAUAUGAUUGGACGGGAGCGAGGGAUUGACGCCGCGCUUAAGACGCAUGGUUUGGAUGCACUGCUGCUCCCUACCAAUAUGCAUACUGCUGUUCCCGCGGGUCUAGCUGGUUACCCAGUUAUCACCGUCCCGCUUGGAUUUCACCCCGAGGGCACAAAGCCGAACCCGGACACUCGCGGUCACACAAGGUCCUUUAUCCAGCUCCUCUCUCCUACACAUUCACUCACACAGUCUUUCUACCGUUCUCUCACAAUGAUCGGACUCAAGGUUACCGCUAUUCUUGCUGCUUGCGCCUCUGUGGUCGUCGCUGUUCCGACGUACAAGAACAACAACUCUUGCGACAACAACAGCUUCUGGUACGCCACUAAGAGCAUUUGCUUGCCAAAUGGUACAAAGGACAAAUGCAACCCACCCGCAAACCAGAACUGCGGACACGGAGUGUGGUACUGGCAUAAGGACUUCAGGCAAUGUGUACCUUCGUCGCCUAACUAUGGCGACGUAGAUUGCUCGAAUGGAUGGAAGUGGGACGACGGCAAGUACUCUUGCGUCCCAGCUCCAGCCCCGGCUCCUGGACCCGAUCAAUGCAAGCCUUCACACUUCUGGUGGAAGACCAAGUCGACUUGCCUCCCCAAUGGGGCGACUACAAUUCACCCCAGCCUCCUAACGGGGUGCAAUGCCCGAGGAAGUGGUACUGGCUCUCGGUCGGAUACUGUGGGCCUCGUACUCCUGACUACGGAACGCCUGAUUGCGACAGCAAGUACACCUGGGACAACGACAAACUGUGCUGCCAGCCCAAGCGGUACUAGACGCUGA